AUGCCCUUGGUAGACUUCAUUGGAUCCUUCUACAAAAAGCAUGAUACCCUGUACGAUACCUUCGUAAGUGCAUGUCUUGAGCUCAAAGAAUGCAAGGACAUUAAAAACAAUCUUACACAGAUAUACAAAUGCCUUAGACACGAGCAGACGAGACAGACAAGCUUCAGAUGCCUCGAAUACUUUAUGGAUAGUGAGAUGGUCAAUUUCGUCUACAAACUAGGGCAUGUUGAGGAGAAAAAGGUGGUAAUGGACUUUCUUGUUGACUUCACAUCUAUCCUUCCUGCUAAGUGCUUUUCAAGGCUCAACGGCUUCUUCGACUCUGUAUUUGAAUCCAAGGACACUGAUGAGCUGGGAUUGGCCUUGGCAUACUCAGAAAGAACCAUUGUCCUCGGCUGUGGCAUCAGAACAGCCCUGGUUGACUACUCCCUUAGGUUCUUUUUUGAAGAAGGCCUUUCAGGAGAAUAUUCCAGGGCAUGCAUAGUGUAUCUCAUAUGCUCCAAGAGAGCUCUUGACCAUCUUAAGUCCAUGAGGUUUGUCCAGACAGUCAUAGGGCAGACCAAUAGAAUGUACUUCGAUCUAGAAAAAAAGAUGCCACUCUACCUAUCUCUCCUGCAGUUCAUCUCGUACUAUGCAAGGAAAGAAACAGACCUGUGUAAAACAGCUAGCGACACAUUCGAUGGCCGGAAAAGCCACUUCUUAGGCAUGAAGAGCUCAAGGCCUCAUCCAAUAAGAAGCCCCCUGCUUUUGGCAAGAGGAAAGGAUUCCACAGAGCCUCAUUCGAUUCUUGAUCUUCUCGAGUUCCCCAACGUGCACAGCGCCAAGGUAUACAUGGAAAUACUGGAAAGCACAGGAUCAUCUAACAUACGAGCAUUGGUCAUUGACUCUGUAUUAACAACCAUAGAGAACACAGAUGAUCCUACAAGGUUUAUAAGGUUCUGUGUAGAAAACCAUCCCGAGCUUGUUGCACCAUAUCUCAUCAAAAAUGGUGGAGAAGACUGGUCUCCCACAAAUGUACUUCAGAAGGUUGCAAAGAUGAAAGGGAAGGGAUCUUCUAUCAAAGUUCCUUGUGUAUGCCAUGUGGACCGUCACAGGAUUUCUAUAGUUGAUUUUCUUAUCGAAAACAACAUAUGUGAUGACCUCAUAUUCUUAUUUAUCUGGGCUGUAUCAAAAGAGACAUUCUACACUCAUUUCGAGAAGAUACGGGAGAUAUUCAAGGACCAUAGAACAAUCUGGGCAGACCUGUGGAGCCUUAUUCUCACCCCUAUAAUCUGA